GAGCAGGGAUUGGGCCGGAGGGAUUGGCGCAUGUCAGGUUGGCCUUCAGUCGGCGGCUCGGAGCUUCUGUCCUCUGAAUUCAAGUUAAGUCUGUGAAGUUGUCGAAAGGCUUUGAUUUAUUUCGUUUUAUAUUAUCAGCUCGAAGCCUCCUCUCUCCGGACAAAAACAAAAUCACCGAACAUGUUUAUAAUCAGAUCUGAAUACGACAGGGGCGUUAAUACAUUCUCUCCAGAAGGGCGGUUAUUCCAAGUCGAAUAUGCCAUAGAGGCUAUUAAGUUGGGUUCCACAGCAAUUGGAAUCCAGACUUCAGAAGGUGUUGUUCUUGCGGUUGAAAAGAGAAUCACUUCACCCCUAAUGGAACCCAGCAGCAUUGAGAAAAUUGUUGAAAUUGAUGCCCACAUAGGUUGUGCAAUGAGUGGAUUAAUAGCCGAUGCCAAAACUUUGAUUGACAAAGCAAGAGUUGAAACGCAGAAUCAUUGGUUUACCUAUAAUGAAAAUAUGACAGUGGAGAGUGUGACUCAGGCAGUCUCUAACCUGGCCUUGCAGUUUGGUGAAGAAGAUGCAGAUCCUGGUGCAAUGAGCCGACCAUUUGGUGUGGCAUUGUUGUUUGGAGGAAUUGAUGAAAAAGGACCACAGAUGUAUCAUAUGGAUCCAUCUGGGACCUUUGUACAGUGUGAUGCAAGAGCGAUCGGUUCUGCUUCUGAGGGUGCCCAGAGCUCUCUACAGAAGGUUUAUCGUAAGUCAAUGACGUUAGAAGAGGCAAAGAAUGCAGCACUCACCACACUGAAACAAGUAAUGGAAGAAAAAUUGAAUGCUACUAAUAUUGAGCUUGCGACAAUGGAACCUUCAAAAGUAUUUCAUAUGUACACAAAGGAAGAGCUGGAAGAAGAAAUUAAGAAACUGCAAACAUGAAUAUCGACGCAACCACUGCUUCUUGAAUUACAUCAGCCUUUUAUCUCAAGGAUUUGAAAAGAUCUUUGUACAUAGUGCAAUGAAAAUUGUUAUGAAUCAACUGAGGCUAAAUAAAUUUUUGUUACUGA